GUAUUUUUCUGACCAAUAUUCUUCUCCGUAUUUGACACUUCGUUAAUUCUGGACGAAGUUUGGCAGUUGCUCAUUUCGUCAAAUCUCUCUGCUGGUCGAUCAGAAGAGUUGUUGUAUCAUUGUACUAGAAGGAUCUCUUAGAUCACUUUUAUCGUUAUAGAUUGUGCAUUAUGGACAAUGACAAUGACAAUGAUUUCACCUUUUGUCAGGUUGGUCCACCUGUCAACCCAGAUGGUGUUGAGGUAAAUAAACUUGUAUCAGAUGUUCGUACUAUUACUAUCAGCAAUAAAUUCUCAAACGAUACUAGUGGUGAUCAGAAGGGAAGUUCCCUGUGGAAUGGUGAAUUGCCUAAAAAUGCCACAGCUAAAAAAGAGGCAACUAUUGGUUCUUUGACAUUCAGUGUUAUUGAUACUUCAUCUCCAACACAAUCUAGUGGAAUUUCAAGAAAAGUAGCUUCCAGAGAUCCUGAGACAUCGAUAAAGGGUUUACAAGAGCAGAAAACAUCUGCCAGAAAGGCCACACCUCGGGCAAAGGUUCCUUUUGAAAAAGGUUAUAGUCCAAUGGAUUGGCUUAAACUAACUAGAACGCAUCCUGACCUUGCAGGACUCAAGGGACAGUCAAAUAAGAGGCUCAUUUCUAUGAAUGAAGUUAGGCAACACCAGACAGAAGGUUCCAUGUGGACUGUUCUUAAAGGCCGUGUCUACAACCUGUCUCCAUAUAUGAAGUUUCACCCUGGAGGCGUUGAUACGCUGAUGAAGGGAGUGGGAAAAGACUGCACAUCUUUAUUCAAUAAGCACCAUGCUUGGGUGAAUGCAGACUUCUUGCUGGAGAAGUGCCUAGUGGGUACUCUGGAUGAGAGCCAGUGAAGGCAGAUUGAUGUUCCAACAAUCAAGAAGUGGUUUAUUUCUCUAUUCUUCAAACCCAGUUAAUUGGAGGUACCAAUUCCCUCUUCUUUGUAUAUAGAGAGGGACAUCAUGAUAUACCAUUUAAGUACAAUAAUAUAUAAUGGCUUCUGCACAUUUUAUCAUGUGCAAAGUUCAUAGAUGGAAAUAAUGUUGUAUACUUGACUCAAUAAAUCAUUUAGAUUGUACCCAUUCUCUUGAAAAUGUUUAUAGCUGCUGUUGCAGUGGUGCAUUGACAUUCAUUUAUCGAGUAAUGAGAUGGUAUUGGAACUUCCUCAUGAA